GAUGCUCUCCAACGUCUCCUUCAGGGUCCCGGGGUGGAUGUGGCCCUCCCUGGCCUGCUGCCACACGUCCUGACCAAUCACAGCACAGCAGCGACUGAGCCGGCCAUCCCGGAGGAGCGGAACGGGCGCCGGCACAAACCUGCUCCAGCGCGUUGACGUCCAGGCUGGGCAGCGUGAACUUGCAGUAAGGCCUCAGGUUCUUGUAGACGUACACGCACGGCCCGGAGGCCACGGCCACGGCGGGAACGCGAGGCUCGUGCAGGUCCAUGAAGAAGGCCACCAGGCCGGCGGGAAGAUCCAGCAAGGCGCUCUCGCUCGCCAGCGACGUUCCUCGGUAGACCUUCAGCUUCAUGGCUGACGAGCCGCUGCCCAGGUCAGCCACGACCAGACCGCUGUCGCCGUCGCCGCUCAGGUCGGCCAAGUCCACGCAGGCCGUGAAGGUGUGGAGUCCCGCCACCGGGUCGUAGUGGGCGUCCAGCCACUUGCCGUCUUCCACGCUGGCCUCGGACAUGACGUCGCCGGAAGCGACAGCAGAACCUGCCCCUGGCCACAAUAUAAACAUGACGUCACACGCUGCUUCCUGCACUUCAACACUUUCCUCUUCACGUGUAGGACAAACAUCACGGAAAUGACGUCAAUGUGUGGUGUUCGCGGCCACAACAAUUAUUCAACCGCCUGCUUUUCAGCAGCUGACUCACCGUUGUCAAGGAAACCGAGAAGCGGCGCCUCGUUUCCGGUUUACCGCACACGGUCCGGAUGAAGUAUUUCAAAGCAGCACAACAGUUGGGGUUAGCAACACAACAGUUGAGGUUAGCAGCACAACAGUUGAGGUUAGCAGCACAACAGUCGAGGUUAGCAGCACAACAGUUGGGGUUAGCAGCACAACAGUUGGCGUUAGCAGCACAACAGUCGAGGUUAGCAGCACAACAGUCGGGGUUAGCAGCACAACAGUUGGGGUUAGCAGCACAACAGUUGAGGUUAGCAGCACAACAGUUGAGGUUAGCAGCACAACAGUCGAGGUUAGCAGCUGUCUCUAAUCCAUAAAUCCUCUUCCAGUUUCUUCGGCCAGUGUCCUCGGAUGAUGACGUCAGCCACACGCGACGCUGCUCCUACCUGCGUCAAGUACACGAGAUACACUUUUUUUUUCACAUAAAAUCACAUUUGGUGGAAUCCUACUUCCAUUUCACAUAGAACUAUCUGACAUGACUAGAUAUAAAAUCACUAAAAAAUAUCUUUGAAAUUGUUUUGAUGGAGGCGUCGCAGGGCGUGACGUCAACAGCAAGCUGCCUCCCAAUUGGUUGUUUGCUUCCAGUUUAAAAAGUAGCCCGCGCAGGCUGAGCCAGCAGCUAGCAGCUAGCAUCCAGCAGCUAGCGUCCAGCGUACUAUCUUCGCCAUAGUAAGCACAGCAAACAUCUCCAGAGUGAGUUGGGCAUUAAUAGGACGGAAGGUGGACACUCCCAACACAAGCAGUCAUUGACUUAUUUCAACAUUCGGCGCUUGGCUUGUUGUGGCUAAUGCUAACAACAAGCUAACCUUGUCCUUCAUGCCAACUGAAGACAUCCGAUCAAGAUCAAGAUGAUGGAGUCUUGUUUAGCUGGGAAGCCAGAGAGAGUUGGUCCAGUGGAGGUUGACGACAUCAAGAGAGACCUCCAGGAAGAAUUCUCUACUCUGCCAAAUAAGGAAGAUGCCAGCAUCCAGUCGGAGAACUUGCAGGUCUACCUGAGGGUUCGACCCAUUACAGCAUCUGACAAUGACGAGUCACAGGAUCAGGACUGUGUGACCCUGGAGGGACCAAACACGGUGGUCCUCAAAGCUCCCAGGACCAGUCAAUCCACCCGACAGGGCGACAAGCUCCUCCCACAAACUGCUCAAAAGUUUACCUUCACACAGGUGUUUGGGCCAGAUGCUAGUCAGAGGAGAGUCUUCGAGGGCUCAGUCCAUGGUUUGGUGCAAGAUGUUCUGCAAGGAGAAAACUGUCUGGUGUUCACUUACGGAGUCACCAAUGCUGGCAAAACCUUCACCUUCCUGGGUCCUGACCAUGACAGUGGUCUGCUGCCCAGGUCUCUGUGGGCCAUCUUCAACAGCAUCCAAGGUCGUCUCUACACUCGCUGUGACCUCAAACCUCAGCGCUGUCGAGACUUCAGCCGACUGACUCCAGAUCAGCAGACAGCUGAGAGCAGCAGCAAGAAGAACCUGUUGAGGAUGUUUAAAGAGAAUCACCUCACCUCUGUUCGCUCAACUUGUCUGGACAGCUCGUCUCUCAGCUCUGACUGCAGUGUAAACAGUGUGUGUGAGAGCAACAAGACCUUUCUGGACGUCCCAUCGAAUGUUGGCUUCUCAGUUUGGGUUUCAUUCUGUGAGAUUUACAAGGACAACAUUCAUGACCUACUGGAGCAGGUGCCUUUGAGACACGUCAGGAGGACGGUGCUGCGAGUGUCUCAGGACGUGAAAGGAAACUCCUUCAUCAAAGACCUGAAGUGGAUCCAGGUGAGCAGCUUGGAGGAGGCCUACAGGGUGAUGAAGAUCGGAAAGAAGAACCAGAGCUUCUCCUCCACCAGACUUAACCAUCUGUCCAGCAGGAGCCACAGCAUUUUCUCCAUCAGGAUCCUGCGGGUGGAGGACAGUGGCGUUCCCAGAGUCCUGGGCAUUAGCGAGCUGGCCUUGUGCGACCUGGCCGGCUCCGAGCGCUGCUCCCGCACGCACAACACAGGAGAGCGCCUCAAGGAGGCGGGAAACAUCAACAACUCCCUCUUGACACUUGGGAAGUGCAUCAACGCCAUGAGGCUCAACCAGCAGGCCAAGAUCCAGCAUCACAUUCCCUUCAGGGAGUCCAAGCUGACUCAUUUCCUGCAGUUCUUCUUCUGUGGUGCCGGCAAGGUGACCAUGGUGGUCAACAUCAACCAGAGCGCAGCCUGCGCGGACGAGACGCUCAACGUCCUGAAGUUCUCUGCCCUUGCCCAGAAGGUGGUGGUGUUGAGCAACAGGCCCGUCAGCCUGGAUGCCUCCUCCCACAGGUCAGCCAUGGAACUGUCCAUCAUCAUCGACCAGGCCGAGCCACGCAGGACGGGGGGCCGCAAGAGCUCGCUGCUGGCUUGGGAGAGCGGUCUAGAAGAUGUGGCGGAGGACGAGGACGGUGAAGGGUGGGACCAGGAGGACGAAGAGGACCAGAGUGAGAUGGAGGGAACGGUGCUGGAGGCGCAGGAGGGGAACAAGACCUUGGAGGACCAGCAGAUGUCGGACAAGGAGGCCGCCUUGCGUUUAGUUGUAGAGGCUCAAAUUCGAGAAGAGGUCAGCGCAGAGUUCAAGGAGCUCUUCAUGAAGAUGGAGAAAGACUUCAGCGAGCGUCUGGAGAAAGAGCGGGAGAUCCUGGAGGAGCGUGCUGAGAAGAAGGAGGUGCUGGUGGGAAUGAUCGGCUCAGUGAGCCAAGACCUGGACCGGAUCAGAGCCGACGCCGAGACUGUGCACCGAUGUCUGAAGCUGGAGCCACAGUCAUGUGACCUGCAGGCCAACAAGCAGGUGUACGCCAGGACGUGUGAGGUGAUGGACAGGUGGCAGCAGGAAGACACACAGAGGGAGAGUCUGGACCCUGAACAGGAAGAGGAGGGAGGAAGGCACAGCACCAAAAGAGAAAAGCCCAGUCAGGAGAGCAGGGCGCAGUUGGAGGCGGAGCUAAAGCGCCAGCAGGAAGAAGUGCAGAAGUUGAAGAAGGAGGUGCAGAAGUUGACAGCCCAGGUGCAGCAGUGUCCCAGGUGUGACCCGGAGCAGCAGGACACUUCCACGCUGAGCCAGGAGAAGAAACCCUUGGAAAAGCAAGGAGUCGCCGGUAUAUCGGAGCAGCUGGCCGCCACCAAGGCCCGCCUGCAGGACGCAGCGGUCAGGACCGCUCAGGAGGUCCAGGGGUUUCACGCCACCAUGGCCAAGCUGAGGAAGGAGAGCCAAGCGGCACUGGAAAGCGCCGCCCUCAAAUCUCAAGUCAUCCAAGAACUGCAGCGAGAAAAGAAGCGACUGGAAGGAGAACUGGCCUGCAGCGCCGACCAAUGUCAGCGCCUCCUUCAGCAAGUGGCCAGGCAGAAAGCCCAGGAGCUGGACAUGGAAGCAGGAGCUCUGGCCAGGAAGUUGCAGGAGAAGGAGGAGGAGGAGGAGGAGGGGGCCAGAAGACACCAGGACCAGAGACAGAUAGAAGAGCUGCAGCGUGUCCUGUGCCGGAAGGACAAGCUCCUUGAAGAUCUUGUGACACAGAAGGACACCAUGGGACAAGAAUUCCAGCGUGUGAAGGAGGAGCUGCAGAGACGGGAGGCGGAGGAGCAGAAGGAGAAUGUGCAGCAAUGGCUGGGUGAUGUGGAGGAAAAGGCCUACAUGCAGAGGAGGAAGUGCAGACGACGGCAGGAAGUAGAUCCAAGCAAAGAGCUCAAGGCUGCGACUGCGCCCAUGGAGCAGGAAGUUGCCCCUUUCAGAAACAACUUGGCCGACAUCAGGACAUGGAAAGACAAAAGUGCAGCCAGGAAGAGGAAGGGCAGUGAGGUGGAGGGGUUGGCAUCAAGCGACAACAAGCGUAAUGGGCUGAGGAUGAUGACACAGCAAACACUGGACGUGAUCUGCCAGUCGCCCUUCUCCUUGGAGUGCACAGCACUCUUCUUGUCAGAGCAAACAGACAAUGUCACCAUGGCAACCAAGGCCAGGAGAGGACGCAAGAAGCUGUACCAGGAUGCCAUGCUGCUCAUUUCUCCCAACAUGACGUGUGGGGGGGCCGCUGAGGCCAAGGAGAGCGACCAUGUCAUCAUCAAGCGGCAACUCCGCUCCAAGACCAGCAGGAAGUGACAUCAUCAGAGCUGCUGAGGUUUCAUUCAAGAUUUGAAAUCUGUGCUUUUUAUUUUGUCCUUUGUUAUGUUUUUGUAGUUGAGGUUGGAAAGAACCCCAAACUUUUUCAGUGGGAGAAAAUAAAAGUGAUUAGUACUUCCUG